UUGUGUGAGAUCCGGGCGUUUGGGUCCGAGGGUGUGGAGUUGUUGGGGCGGCGUCCGGGCGACGUGGGAAGCUGUCAUGUCUGCCCUGCCCUGUGGGUGUGGGUCUUUCAUGUGUGUGGUUAUGCGGCGAGCACACAGUCGUGUCGCGUGGAGUGGCUUGUGGCUGUGUGCGGCCGUGAGGCUGAGGGAUGUGUAGCAGCAGCAUUUGUGCGGGGUAGCAUUCCUGUUGGACGUGUAGCAUUCCUGUUGGACCUAGUGUAGGGUGUGAGGGCCUUGGAGUUAGGACUGUAGGGCCGUCUUUGUGGUUUGUGGUCGGUUUCUUUGGUUUGUGGUGUAGGUUUGGUUGUAUGAUCUUAGAGUUUGUUGGUUCAUUCAUUCGUCGAGCUUUACUGUGCUGCUUGGUGGUUUGUCCUAGACCCUGGGGAUAGAUGUUGUGGAAAACAUAGUGUCUGCUGUCACAGAGCUUAUGAUCUUAGUGUUCAGUCCUUUCACAUAUGUCUUUGUGGUUAUAAAUUGAGAUAAGUGCUGUGAAGGAAAAGCCAGAUUGGAGAGUGUCUCAAGAAAGAAGCAUUUCCUUGAAAUGACAUUGGGUUGAGAUGUGAGGGGUGGGUUUAUAUUUGAUUCAUGGCGUUAGAUUUGGAUGCAUCAGAAGGAAGGGAACUGUCAGUCCUGGGAUCAGAUGAACCAAGGUCUGGGGAGAGAACAUAUCAGACCUGGAGUUGCUGUUUCACUUGACAAUCUGGCAAAGACGCUGAGAUCUGCAUCUACACAGUCAUUGGGUUAUUAGCUAGAGGAGAAAACAGGGACCUGGUAUUUUGUUUAUUUAUUUCUUGGGUCACUGCCACCCUUCAGCUUUGAGGACCAAGAAGUCCCUCCUCAGUGACCCUCUAAGCAAGUACUUCCAAAGCUUAGAGUCCCUACUGUGGCUUGUGGGGAAAAAAAUUCUCUGCUUUUGUGUAAUGUUUUUGUCCAGCUCCCCCUUAUCGCUGGUAGUCUUUCUAAGGUGACAUUGGAAGUGACUUUGACAUGGUCCAAUAAAACAGAAAAUGUAACUUAUUAAACCCUGAUUUGUUUUGAGUUCCAAAUCCUUUUAUUUUUGAAGUAGUCAGAACAUUAAUCUUGGUGCUUAGCUGUCACUUCUGAAAUCUAGUGAAUUGAUUGGAGAGAAAGUGCUAUAAAAAUAUAAGACACAAAAUAGGUUUUUCUUUUUGACCACUAGGUUUCUAAUGCACUCCUUUAGACUGAGGUUGGGAUUUUCUUUAACAGGGCAGACCCUGUCAUUUAUUAUUAUUUGCAAUAGCCAAACUUGCAUCUCUAAGGGCUUCCCAUUUUAGGAUUAUGCCAAUUGACUACAUUGUCCUUAAUUUUUUUUGCACUGACAGAUGUAGGAUCGGUCUCUAAGAUCACUUUACAUUUUUGACAAAGGUGCAGGAGCUCAAUGUAUGAUGCUGAAUAAAUGAUCAAGGUUUCUCCUACUCCAGGGAGGAAGCAUCAUCCAGGCCAUGAUGCCACAUCCUCAUUGUCCAUGUGCUGCUUGCUUAAGCUAAUGCCUCCAGAACCCCGGUCACUUGCAGAAGAAUCAAGCUGACUCUUGGCAUGAGGCCCCUGCCUUGUGGGGGUUGAGAAAGACACUGCCAUGGCUUCUCUGGAUGAUCCAGGGGACGUGAGGGAGGGUUUUCUCUGCCCUUUGUGCCUGAAGGACCUGCAGUCUUUCUAUCAGCUUCAGUCGCAUUAUGAGGACGAGCACUCGGGGGAUGACCGUGAUGUCAAAGGGCAAAUUAAAAGUCUUGUCCAGAAAGCAAAGAAAGCAAAGAACAGAUUAUUGAAACGAGAAGGAGAUGACCGAGCAGAAUCGGGGACCCAAGGAUAUGAAUCUUUCAGCUAUGGAGGGGUUGAUCCUUACAUGUGGGAACCCCAGGAACUUGGUGCUGUGAGAAGCCAUCUUUCAGACUUCAAAAAACACCGAGCUGCCAGGAUUGACCACUAUGUUGUUGAAGUCAAUAAAUUAAUAAUCAGGUUAGAGAAGCUCACUGCAUUUGACAGAACAAAUACUGAGUCUGCUAAGAUCCGAGCAAUAGAAAAGUCUGUGGUGCCUUGGGUCAAUGACCAGGACGUCCCUUUCUGUCCAGACUGUGGGAAUAAGUUCAGCAUCCGUAACCGCCGUCACCACUGCCGCCUCUGUGGGUCUAUCAUGUGCAAGAAGUGUAUGGAGCUCAUCAGCCUUCCCUUAGCAAACAAGCUCACCAGCGCCAGCAAGGACGCCCUGAGCACACACACCAGCCCCAGCCAGUCACCCAGCAGUGUGCACGGCUCCCGCCGGGGCAGCAUCAGCAGUGUGAGCAGCGUGAGCUCCGUCCUGGACGAGAAGGAUGAUGACCGGAUCCGCUGCUGCACACACUGCAAGGACACGCUGCUCAAGAGGGAGCAGCAGAUAGACGAAAAGGAGCACACGCCCGACAUCGCGAAGCUCUACGAGAAAUUACGACUUUGCAUGGAGAAAGUUGACCAAAAAGCGCCUGAAUAUAUCAAGAUGGCAGCAUCACUCAAUGCUGGAGAGACAACCUAUAGUCUGGAACAUGCCAAUGACCUUCGGGUGGAAGUACAGAAAGUAUAUGAGCUAAUAGAUGCUCUAAGUAAGAAGAUCUUAACCUUAGGCUUGAACCAGGACCCUCCACCACAUCCAAACACUUUGCGGCUGCAGAGGAUGAUCAGAUACUCGGCUACACUCUUCGUGCAGGAAAAGUUGCUUGGCUUGAUGUCACUACCAACCAAAGAACAGUUUGAGGAACUGAAAAAGAAGAGGCAGCAGGAAAUGGAGCAGAAGAGGAUCCUGGAGAGACAGGCUGCCUUGGAAUCCCAGCGAAGACUUGAGGAAAGGCGGGGUGACCCAGCAUCUCGUGCAGCCAAUGGGGAGGUGUCGUCCCUUCGUGGAGGCCAUGCCCCUUUGAGAAAGGCUGAGGGCUGGCUCCCGCUGUCAGGCGGUCAGGGGCAGAAUGAGGACUCGGACCCCCUCCUCCAGCAGAUCUACAAUAUCACCUCGUUCAUCAGUCAGGCCAAGGCUGCUGGCAGGGCCGAUGAAGUGCACACCCUGCAGGAGAACCUGCGGCAGCUGCAGGAUGAGUAUGACCAGCAGCAGACGGAGAAGGCCAUCGAGCUGUCCCGCCGGCAGGCCGAGGAGGAGGACCUGCAGCGGGAGCAGUUGCAGAUGCUGCAGGAGCGCGAGUGGGAACGGGAGCGGGAGCAGUUCCAGACGGCGUCUGUGCAUACUCGGACUCGGUCCCUGGACUUCCGAGAAGUCAGGCCAUUUCAGCUGGAGCCUGGUAGGGAGCCUCGCACCCACCUUGCUUAUGCUCUGGAUCUAGACUCCUCCCCAAUUCAGAGGAGUGCCGCUUCCGAGACCCCUUCACCCAGCUCAGCUCAAGAGCCCGUCAGAGUAUGGUCUGGGCCGCCAGCCCUUGGGCAGGAAUUCCUCCCCCAGGACACCGUGUCACAGCAAAAUGAGGUGUCCUCCCUGAACCCCUUUGAUGAGGAAGACCUGUCCAGCCCCACAGCAGAGGGCACAACCAGCCCUCUUGCUGCAGACCUUUCCUCUGGCCCUUCAGCCCACGUCCUGAAAGAGUACAAUCCCUUUGAGGAAGCGGAGGAAGAGGAGGCAGGGACAGGGAAUCCCUUCAUUAGCCCAGACAGCCCAGCACCCAACCCCUUCGAUGAGGAAGAAGAGCAUCCCCAUCAGAGGCCCCUGAGCCCUCCUGUUCCCAGCAACCCCUUUGAGGAGGCCACCUGUACCAACCCCUUCGAGGUGGACAGUGACAGCGGGCCGGAGGGCGAGGAGCCCAUCGAGGAGGAGCUGCUCCUGCAGCAGAUCGAUAACAUCAGGGCGUACAUCUUCGAUGCCAAGCAGUGUGGCCGCCUGGAUGAGGUGGAUGUGCUGACGGAGAAUCUGAAGGAGCUGAAGCGCACCUUGGCCAAACAGAAGGGGGGCGCUGACUGACCAGUGGAAGGGCAGGGCCCAGUGGGGUGGAGAGAGGGCUGGUGGGGUUGAUGGAGGAGGAGAAAGGGCAAGAAUUAAGAUACAUGCAGGUUGAGGGAGGGAAUCUGCUGUUUCUUAUCCUGCACGUGAAAUAUUUUCACUACAGCGGAAAAAUAAAUAGGGAGCUAGAAUAGGGAGAAUCAGCAGUCACUUCACUUGCAAUUUCCUGGUUUUGUGGGGUUUUUUUUUGUUUUUUUUUUUUUAAGUUGGGUUUUUCCCUUAGAAGGGACUUGAAAUCGCAACCGCUGAGAUGUAACUGAAUACAGUUCUGUCGGGCCCAAGGUAGAAAUGGCGGUUGUGCUCCUGACGGGCCCAUUUGUCCGGCCUCAGGCCAUCAUGCAGUAUUCUAGGGCAGCCUUACGCAGGGCCCUUUCUUCGGCCCAGUCAGACAAGAUGGACUCAUUUAGACCUUGCUCUGCUCUGGCAGAGCUGCCCCGUUAGACUGGGCCCGUCACCCUGGGCUUCCUCUAGAAGGUGGGGUGGGGUGGGUUGUUUGCUAGGAAGGUAAUGGAGGAGCGCUCAGGGCCUCUUUUAAAGAGCUGGUGACGGGGUAGUGAUGCUUUACCAAGGUCUGUUUCCUUCUUAGUUUGGAAUCUGUCUCUUUCAAGGAAUUAAUCUCCCAGUGCAGGGCAUCGCAGUGAUUCUGGUGAUGCGCCGCUCAGCACGCAGGAGUGGGUGACCUUCUGUUUGAUAGAGGUAGUAGUAUUUGCGAGGAGAGUCCCAACCCAAGUGUUGCUUUGUUGGAACGGAAUGACUGAUGGAUCAGUUGUCCUUCCACCAAGAAACCUCCCUCCUUUGGCAAAAUUACUCUCACCUGGCUUUUUCAAAGGGACCAGCCUAGAACUUAGGGAUUGUCAGGAGAGUGCAAGCUUCCCUGAGUCAGAGAGAAACGCAUUUCCUAGGUUAGUUGAUUAGCCUUCUUCCCUUUUGGACCAUCCUGUCCUGACCUGGGACACUGGUGAGAUUUUUUUCUUAACAGUAUUUAGUAUUAAGAAACAGAUGCUUGAAGGGGCUGGAUGCAGGAUUAUUCUGGUAGCACCACAGUACUUGAACUCUUCACCAGUUAGGGGCAAAAAGGGGAAUUGUUCAUUUAGCUCUGGUGCUUGGUUUACAGGAGUAGAACCCUCCCCCCUAAAUGAAGUCUGACAUGAUGAUUCUCACGUGCGCUCGCCCUGGGGUGAGUCGCUGCAGUUAAUGAACAAUAACUGGUCACUGGUCACUUUAUAUCCCAUAACUAAAUCACACUCUCCCCGGUGUGAGAGCUGAAAUGCAUCUUGUUACAUUCUGGGAAGGCACCUAUUGAUGUCGGGAAUGUCUAAAAAGCAUUGUGGUGUAAAAAUCCUCUGUAUUUGUGGUGACGCUAUUCACGUUUCUCUAGCAUGUACCGGACCCUUUGGCUGAAUGGGAAAUCCCGGUGCAGGUGCGCGGGCCGGGGCCCUUGGCACUGGGUUCUGUCAGGAAGGGAUGUGAGUGGGUUGCACCAGGUUUCCCUCGGGGGUGCGGGGGGUUGCUGCUGGGCAUCCGCAUGUUGCCUGGUGCAGGCCACUUUCCAUCCAAGGCCACAUCCUUGGUGCUUAAUUCAGGAGGGUUCACAGAUGUCCGCUCAAACCUUCCUGCUCUGCCUGCCUUUUCUCUGACUGAAGAGGAGGAGGCUCUUUGCAUAGAGAAGUGGGCAGUUCCGGAGGGAAAUGCUGCUUCCCGUCAUAAUUAUGUCUCUGUGGGAGGAGCGUCUCAAUCAGCUGGGGAUUUCAAUGAAGAGUAGUGAACUAACAUACCCUCUCCCUGAAACCAACCCCGAGUAGCAGUUUGUGAAUAAUUAAGAGCAUAAGGAACACACAUAAGAAACAUUUUUUUAAAAUUAAAAAAAUCACUGAAUAUACUAAAUCAAACUAAAACCUGAUGUGGGUGAAUUAUAGCUAGGGCCUCCCAUAGCCACAGCCAUGACAGGAGGCAGAAUUCUCUGCCCUUCAUUUCCCAGAUUUCACGUAGGCACCGAGUUGGAUUUACAGUGAAGGCGCCUAAUGGAUUGCAACACACUUCAGGUUCUAACCUCUGGAUAGCGCACCUUGGCACCCGGCUCCACCCCAUCAGGAAAUGACUUGUUCGUGCGACGGCGCCGGUGGAUCUCCUAGACGUCCCCCAUGGACUGAAGAGCCUGGGGAUUCGGGCAUCACAUGAAGGUGGCGUUUUCCUUUUAUGCCUCAGUUGUAUCUUUCCCUCUCUAAUACACUAAGGACACUCCUCAUGUCUUCGCUGUGUAGAAUAUACUAAAAUGUAGAGUCGCCUUCAGCCACGUGCUAGGUGGGAUGCUGGUAUGAUGGGGCGACGGAACGUAAGAGAGAAGCUGGUCUCUACCAGUACCCAGGCCGGGGAGCAGGUCGUGCUGGUCAUCAGCGACAGUGUGCGGGUCAUCGAUUUGCAUGCACUACUCUGGGACCUUGUAUUGAACCUUUUUAAAAAAAUAAAAUUACAGAUGUAGUGGUUGGGAGUGUGUCUGUGUGUGCAUGGGUGUUACAGAGAAUCACCAGAUAACGUCCCCAUUUUUAAAAAUUUUAAACUAAACUUAGAAACCAUGAGGGACAGAAAACAUCAGAGGUUACCUGGGAAGAGGGAAAGAGACCAACUCCAAGGGCAGAUAUGGGGGGAGGGGCGUGGAACUUCAUAGAGUGAGUGGGAACAGAACCAGCAGAUUGCACACAGAAGGAUUUUACUGGAUGCAAAUCCUGCUUUUUUUUUAAAGAGUGAAAAGAGCCUAAAAGAUACCU